GGGUGGCCUGUUUCGAGAAGAGCCCGUGUUGUGCUGGCAAUGCACGUCGACCCUUCGCGAUUGGGGCAUCCGUAGACCCGCCCUUGCCCGGCCAACCACGCUCAACCAUCUGGCCGAACUCUUCAAUUCUCCAUCUCGAGCCUGCUCCUCCCACCGCGGCUGCCCGACUGACCCAGCGACCAUCCUCGGGGCCGCCGCACUGGACUCGAGAAAGUGGAAGAAAGUGUUGCUUGCUGCAACCGCGGGGCUGAACGAGGAACGAGAGACGAAUGGCCGACGUAGACCGACAGCAGGGCGGGCCCAGCAGCUCGCGACGGAAGAAGCACGCCGGCAAAUCGAAGGCACAGGUCGCAAAUGAUUGGUCACGGAGCGGCGAGCCACGCCCCCGUGCCUCGCCUCGUUCGAACCGUCAUGGAGAUAUAGACAGAGACCUUGUCGAGUCGUCCGACGACGCCAGCGACGCCCACGACGCCAAAGCGUCGCCCAGGAAGCAACGACCCCGACGUCGUUCCCAACCCCUGAAUUCCGCCAUUAUUGACACGGACUCGGACACGACCCAUCCGGCCAAGGCCCCCGCGCCCGCCAUGAAGGGACGCUCCAAGAGCAUGCGGGUGCCCAACGCGUCCGUGCCCGUGCCCGCUGCUCGGCGCCCAACCUGUAUCAUCGAGCCGGCCGACGAGGACGAUGCGUCCCCCUCCGUCCCCUCGCGGCCCGUGAGUCGCCAGACCAUCGCCCGCCGUGACAUGAGCCCCCGAUCCGCUCACCGCUACCGGUCGACUCCCGAAUCCCGCCGCUCCCCGAGAACCUCUGUUUCCGACUCGGACGACGACACCGACGCCACCUCCGACUCAGACUCGGAACAGGUCAUCCUGCCCCGCGGCAAACUUCCCCCGGCCCCUAUGGCCCCUCCCGUUCCGUCUGCGCCUCCGUCUAUUCACGCCGGCCGCGAACGAUUGAUGUCCCGCCCGGAGAUGUACGAAGAAGAAGGCGACGGCGCCUCGAGGUACGCGCCGUCGGCCAGGCACAGAUCGCUAUCCCGCCCCGCUUCCAGUAGACAGGACCCGUAUCGACGACCGAGGGAUAUCACCGUUUCCGGACCCCCCAGCCUGGAUGAAACACGCCGGUCCCGGUCGAGAUCCAAGAGCGCUAGGCCGUCGAGGAGGCACUAUGAAUCCGACGUUUAUAUGUCUUCGAGGCCCGCCUCAUCUUUCAACAACAAGAGGGUUCAUGCCGCAUCGUCGUAUAGUCUAGGCUCCGAUGCGAAGCGGUCGACCUUCUUUGGCGCCGAUUUCGCCGCACCUCCUCCUGCCCGCGCUUCGCACCCGGAGAAACCAGCCGAGCGUACUACCGUGUGCGUGCGAUGCAGGGAUAGUGCCACCCCUGUGAGCCGGACAGCGAAGCUCAAGUGCUGCCACCGCAUGUGCCAUACCUGUCUGCGCAAGGUCUUCAAGCUCUCCCUCACCGAUCCGCAACACCACAUGCCACCGCGCUGCUGCACUGAUGACAAUAUCCCCGCCGAAUCCGUUGACAAGCUGUUCGAUGCCAGCUUCAAGAAGGAGUGGAAUCAGCAGUUCAAGCAGCACGCUGGCAGAACCCCCACGACUUGUCCGUCGCGGCGGUGCGGUGCGUUGUUGAAGCGUGAGGAUAUGCGCCUCGAAGGCGCGCGCUGGCAGGGCAGGUGUAGCCGUUGCAGGACCAAGGUUUGCGCCUCUUGCAACGCCCGGUGGCAUCACGAGCCGGAAUGCCCGAGUGAUGAUAACGCCGCGCUGUUCGCCAUCGAGCAGGUGACGAAACGGGAACCGUGGCAACGCUGCUACCGCUGCAAAACCAUGGUGGAGGUCAAGGACAGCGGUAGUCAUAUCGCCUGUCGGUGUGGUGCCGAAUUCUGCCCGCAAUGUGGAGGGAAGUGGAAGAGUUGUGAAUGCCCAUUUCUCACAGACGACCCGUUUGAGGUCGAUACGCCGAAUCCGCGAGGCAAUCCCUUCGCGUCCCGGCCACCUUCACCUUCACCUCGCGACUUUCGGUCUGAUUUUGCGCCUCCUCACUCCUCUCUUACUCGAGCCCGACCGUCAAGUUACGAAGACGAUGCGCACAUACGCCGGUUGCAUGAACAACAUCAUCGUGAUGACCAUCUUGCGCGAAGAAUGCAUUCUUUCGAUGAGUUUGGCCAUCACGGUAGCCACGCUGAGCUUGGCCGCAGAAGGGAGGACUACGAUUUCGAGGCCCCUGAACCUCGUGAUCGUCGCCGGCGUCCGGAAAUGCGCGACUACGCUACCCCGUUCGCGGACGAGGACUAUCACCGCCGAGCCGCAACUGUCGUCGCCCCGUCACCCCCACAAGCCCAUGUCCCGGCCGCGCCGCCUCCUCCUCGCUCAGCAUUCGAACCACCUUCCCGUCCAGGUUUCGAUCGCGCGGCGACCGGCUUUGAAUAUGGCUCCGCGGCGCGCCGGGGCCGGGAGAUGCGCUACGCCUCCCCAGAGAGGUUUGACCAUUACAUGUCGGAGAAUUAUCCAGCCGAACGGCGCCGGCCUCGCUCCCCUGACCCCUGGCAAGCUUUCCCCCAGGAGCAGCGAGCUCGAUCCCGCGACAGACGGCACACUUUCCCGUCGGAAUCACGCCCUACGUCGCCUGAACAGUGGCAGCCUCCGACACGAUACCCGUCCCCCGAAAGGCCCGUGGCGGCCCCCGAAGAGAGGCGACGCGCUCCGUCUCCCGAGCGGCGGCGUGCUCAUUCACCCGACAGGCGCCGGGCAUCUUCGCUCGAGCAGCGCCUCGCUGGCAGAUUCAAAAAGGAGAGCAGACAAAACCCCACCGCUGCCCCUGCUGGCGCUGUCGGCCCAGCCGGUGCAGUUGGCGCCCUGGGUCCGUUGAGUCCCGCCCGCGCCCCGCCACCGCCUUCCCGCGCUGCCACCCACAUUGGCGCAAGCAUGCCCAUGGCACCCAUGGCACCGUCCGUCGCCCAUGGCGGCCCGCCGCCAGCACCAUCCCUCCGCAGACACCACACCAUGGACGAGGACAUCUACGGACCUGGUGCCGGCAUGCCCGGUGGUGGUAUGCCUGGUGGUGGUAUGCCUGGCGGGAUGUCCGGCGGUAUGUCCGGCGGUAUGCCCGGCGGUAUACCCGGCGGUAUGCCCGGCGGUAUGCCCAACGGUAUGCCCGGUGGCGGCGUACACGGCGGCGGGAUGCCUCCCCCCGCAGAUUGGUUCGGCCCUCCCCUCCCGCACGGCCACCCCCACGGCCACCCGCACUCCCACCCUCCCCCUCCCGGCAUGGCCGGCGGCAUGGGGAUGCCGGGGAUGCCCAUGAUGCACCACGGCCACCACCCGGCCAUGCACGACAUGGCGGCGGCGGCGGCGGCGGCGGCGGCCGGCAUGGACCCCAUCAACGGCGGCUCGCACCGCGCGCCCCACGUCAGGAGGCGCCCGCCCCAAGCCCACCGCGAGCACACCAAGUAUGACUCCAAGUAUGACACCAGCUAUGACUUCCCGCGGUCGUCCGUCCUGGCGGGUCUCGGUGGCAUGGGACGCGGUGCGCAUCGUGUCCAUGAGUGGGUGAAUUAUGUGGAGCCGGGCGCGCCCGACGAUAUCAUGAUGUCUGCUGGUAUGCAGUAGUUGUGCGUUCCACUCGCUUGUUUUUUUUUGUGUUGGUUUGGUCUCCUCC